GCAUCCAUCCAUCCAUCCACCAUGGAGGUGGAGGUGGACUACUACAAGGUGCUGGGCGUCGGCCGCGCCGCCACCGACGACGAGCUCAAGAAGGCCUACCGCCGCCUCGUCAUGAAGUACCACCCGGACAAGAACCCCUCCCCGCAGGCCGGCCCCCUCUUCAAGCAGGUCUCCGCCGCCUACGACGUGCUCAGCGACCCGGACAAGCGCGCCGUCUACGACCAGUACGGCGAGGAGGGGCUCAAGGCGGGCGUGGCCCCGCCAUCCCCCUCCGCCGCGCCGCCCCCGCACGCGCACGGCGCCGGCCCCGGGUUCCGGUUCAACCCGAGGACCGCCGACGAGAUCUUCAAGGAGAUGUUCGGGGCGAGCUCCUACUUCGGGCAGCCACCCCGCGGCCCCGCCACUCCCCAGAGCGUCCCAGGGGCCACUGCUUCUUCCUACGCCGCCGCUGCCGGGUUCUCCCCUGGGUCAGGGGAGCCGUCCGGCGGGUCGAUGAGGAAGGCGGCCGCGAUCGAGCGGCAGCUGGCCUGCAGCCUCGAGGACCUGCACAAGGGCGCCACCAAGAAGAUGAAGAUCUCCAGGGACGUCCUCGAUUCCGCGGGCAAACCGAUGAGUGUGGAGGAGAUCCUAACAAUUGAUAUCAAGCCUGGGUGGAAGAAGGGAACAAAGAUCACCUUUCCUGAGAAAGGCAAUGAGACCCGUAACGUUAUACCAUCAGACCUUGUGUUCAUAAUAGAAGAGCGGGCACACCCGAAAUUCAAGAGAGAUGGCAAUGACCUUGUUUACACGCAUAAAAUCUCCCUUGUGGAUGCUUUGACUGGUUGUGCAGUCCAACUGAUGACUCUGGAUGGGCGAAAUUUAACCGUUCCUGUGAAGUCUGUCAUCAAUCCCACCUACGAGGAAGUAGUGCCGGGCGAAGGGAUGCCGAUCACAAGGGAGCCAUCUAAGAAAGGAAACCUAAGGAUCAAGUUUCAGAUCAAGUUCCCCACCAAUUUAACAGCUGACCAAAAGGCAGGGGUCCAACAACUUCUGUCUUAGCUCGCUGUUUAUAAUGUGAAUCUGUGCCGUUUCUUUGUUCAGCGCUUGUAGUUGCUGAAUGUACAAUCACUGUCUUCAUCCUAGUGUAAAGGACAUGAUUUCCUAGAUGCUUCAAACUUUGCGCUUGAUUGCUAACUUGCUGACAGAGUAGUAGCUGCUCCACUAGCAGACCUAACUUUGUUUCAGAUUAUCUGAUGAUUCUUUGUUUCUGAAGUUAACAAUUCUGUUACAUGCCA